AUGAAUACAACGACGACAAUGCCAAAUGACAGUAGAAAUUCAUCUCUUCAAAGACCAUUAAUAGUCGUCGCAUGGGUAGAUCAAAGUAUAGGUGAAACAGGAUCUCACAGAUAUAUUAAAGAACGUUUUGAAACGCUUUCCAGUUUUAUUACACAAUGGUUAUAUUUUGAUUCUUCUGAUGAUUUUACCUUUUAUAUUGAAAAUAAUCCUAAUAUUAAAUUAAUUUGUGUUAUGUCUGGUGGAAUGUCUCGUUUAUUAGUACCAAAAUUUUCUCAUCUUGCUGCAUUACAUACUGUUUAUGUAUUUUGUGUUGAUAUAGAACGAGCUAAAAAGUCAAUGGAAGAUGAAAUUAAAGUUAAAGGUAUAUUUAAUAUAGAAGAUGAUUUAUAUGAAAAGAUGGCUGAUGAUUUAUCGAAAUUAUUAAUUGAAGAAGGUAUUGCAUUAGCACAAUUAGAUGAACGCAGUCUUGCAAGAUUGCAUUAUGAAGAAGCCAAACGAUUAUUAAGUACUCAAGCAAAACUAACAGAUGUAGAUGAGGAAAAAACAAGAAUUGAAGAAAUUGAUAUAAGACUUGAUCAAUUGCUUGCUUAA